ACUUGAUCAAUCACUCAUUGCAUAUUAACAUAGAAUGGCAUUGCGUGGAUAUUACUUCGUUCUUCUUCAUGCCCUUGUGUUUGCUGCUCUUGCAACCUCAGCCUUCUCAAAAUUGUCAUCUCAUUACUAUGACUAUUCUUGCCCCAAAGCUUUGAGCACCAUCAAAACUGUCGUCGAGGCUGCAGUGCAGAAAGAACGCCGUAUGGGAGCAUCCUUGACACGCCUGCACUUCCAUGAUUGUUUUGUUAACGGCUGCGAUGGUUCAAUUCUUCUAGAUUCAACAUCCUCCAUUGACAGCGAGAAGAAUUCAAAUGCUAAUUUCCAAUCUGCUAGAGGGUUUGAAGUGGUGGAUGAGAUCAAGCAGGCUGUGGACGAAGCAUGUGGGAAACCUGUUGUUUCUUGCGCAGACAUAUUGGCUGUUGCGGCUCGUGACUCUGUCGUUGCGUUAGGUGGGCCAACAUGGAAGGUGAAACUGGGGAGAAGAGACUCCACCACUGCAAGUCGUGCAGCAGCAGAUGCAAACAUUCCAGCACCAUUUUUCAGCCUCUCUGAACUCAUCACCAACUUCAGGAACCAUGGUCUUGAUGAGAAGGACCUUGUUGUUCUAAGUGGAGGCCACUCCAUCGGAUAUGCAAGUUGUGCUACCUUUAGGGCUCAUAUCUACAACGACUCCAACAUCGAUUCCGACUUUGCAAAAAAUCUCAAAUACAUUUGCCCUACAGCUGGUGGUGACUCCAACCUUUCUCCUUUGGACUCAACUCCUGCUCAAUUUGACAAAAACUACUACUCGAAUUUGGUCCAAAAGAAAGGGCUUCUUCACUCUGAUCAAGAACUCUUCAAUGGUGGUUCCACUGAUGAUCUUGUCAAAGAGUACAGCUACGACACUGAUGAUUUCUUCGAAGAUUUCGCAGAUUCGAUGAUUAAGAUGGGAAAUAUUCAGCCUCUCACAGGGAAUCAAGGUGAAAUUCGUGUUAAUUGCAGGAAAGUAAACCAAUGAGUGUGUAUCAUACAUACAGAAUAAUUCUUGAAGGUGUGACAGUGUUGCACUAGUAUGACUUAUAAUUUAUAUAUGAAUGUAUGUCUUCUUUACCAUAUAAUUUGUUUGUUUGAAAACGGAUUCUGAAGAG